AUGUCCCUGCUCCUCCAACAGCACCAGCACUGCCCCAGCCACGCCGUGCAGCGGGAGCUCUUGGUGUCUCUGGCCAUUCCCCCGAGCGCCUGCUCCGUGCAGAGUCUCUGGGGGCUGGUGAACAAUGCGGGGACCGCUGUCCCCAGCGCCCCUAACGAGUGGCUGACCAAGGAUGACUUCGUCAAGGUGCUGGACGUCAACCUGGUCGGCCUCAUUGAGGUGACGUUGAGCCUCCUGCCCCUGGUGAAGCGGGCGCGGGGCCGGGUGGUCAACGUGGCCAGUGUGAUGGGCCAACUCGCCUCCUUCAGUGGGGGGUACUGCAUCUCCAAGCACAACGUGGACGCUUUCUCCGACACCCUCAGGCGUGAGAUGCGCUCCUUCGGGGUGCAGGUCUCCAUCAUGGAACCUGGUGGCUUCCAGACGGGCAUGACCAACCCCGCAAUGGUGGUGAAGGGCUUCAAGUACGUCUGGGAGCGGCUCCCGGCAGAGACCCAGGCAGCCUAUGGCCACCAUUACCUAGAGACCUACGCCAAGAGCACUGUCCUGCUGCACCGCCUGAGCAGUUCCCACCUGUCCCACAUCACCGGCGUCAUGGCGCAUGCGCUGCUUGCCCGCUUCCCCCGCAGCCGCUACACGGCCGGUUGGGAUGCCCGGCUCACCUUCCUGCCACUCAGCUACUGCCCAGCAUGGCUCAUUGAUGCCACCAUCGGGCUCUUCCUGCCCGUCCCAGCCGGAGGGACACCCACACACCCCUGA